ACAAGACUAUCAAACACUAUCAAACGACUAUCAAACGAUUGGAAUAAAAAAAAGUUUAAAAAAUAAAAGUUGGCCGGCCAACUUCACGCAGGUACAUAAAUCAGGUAUUAUUAUUAUACCGAUAAAAUUGGGUACAUUGCGUAUACAUAUGCGUAACCGUAUAAUGCUUUGAUAAAACAAAUGUGGAUUGACGAUAUAUUUUGCAAAGUCUAAUUGAGUGAAAAUGAGUGAAUCUGAUGAUGAAAAUUAUGUUACAUUUGGAACUGGCUUAGAGCUCCUGGAUGAAGAAAGUCUACCAAGGAAAAAACCAGUGGUUAUUGAAGAUCAAUAUGCAUGUGACACUCAAGGUAGACGUCGUUUCCAUGGAGCUUUUACUGGUGGAUUUUCUGCGGGUUAUUUUAAUAGCGUCGGUACUCGCGAUGGCUGGAGACCCCAACAGUUUAAAUCAUCUCGGAGCAGUAAAGCUGGAAGUGUCAAUCAGCGGCCAGAAGAUUUUAUGGAUGAAGAGGAUACUGGAAACUUUGGCAUUGCUCCAAUGGGAAUUAGAUCUACUAGUGAUUAUACAGAUCAUGGAAAAAGAGGUACCAAACGUGAGAGAUUUAGACAAGAUCCAAAUGGAGUAAUACCUGGGGCACCAGUUUUAAAAGAACUUCUAAAACCAGUGAAAGAAACUGUUGGCAUAACAUUACUGAGAAAAAUGGGUUGGAAACCAGGUCAGGGUGUUGGUCCUCGUAUUACUAAAAGAGAGAAGAUAAAAAUAUUACAUCAAAACAGGGGAGUAAAAGUUUAUGGUUGUUCUUUACCAGUGCAGCAGGAAGAGAUGGUUGCAAAUGAAUCUGAUGCAUCAGACGAUGAGCAUGUAGAUAUAACAUUCGCUCCAGAUGAUUAUGAACCAUUCAGACUUAAUCCAAAGGACAAUUGUUUUGGUAUCGGGUAUACUGGAUUGGAUAGGCGGCCAGUACUUUCUGGUCAUGUAAACCUUUUUGAGAUACCAGCAUUUAAUAUCCAAGAUAAGGAUAAAAAGUUGUCAAUACAUGGACAAGCAUUUGGAGUAGGUGUUUUUGAAGUCGAUGACGAAGACAUCUAUGCAAAAGAUGACAUGUCUCGUUACAAUUUCGCCUUAGGACCAGAACGUAAAACAAAAUCACGAUGGUCCCAGAAAGAAGAUAGUGCAAGUACCUCACAAGAGAAAUGCAUAGAAGGUUUCAUCUAUGCAAAAAAUCGUUUAGAAGAUAAAAAAAUAUUCAAACCCCCAGAACUUCCACCAGAUUUCAAACCGAUACACGUCGCCAGGAAGAGCAGAUUUUACCCUCCCAUAGACCAAAAUCUCAUUUACGAAAAUGGGAAACCAAAAGGUCUUGCAAGACAUGACUUAAAUGCUGAAGACAGAUAUAAAAUCAUCAAUGACAACCCUCUUAAAGCAUCGACACUACAUAAUGACAUACAAAAAGAAAUUCAACCAGUUAAUGUAUCUGGAAAUACCUCAGUCACAGCUAAAAUUAUUUGUAGAACAUUAAAUCUACAAGGACGGGAACAUGAACAAGAGAAAAAAAGACAAGAAGCACAACAAGCGAAAGGAAAUAUAUCAUGGUUAGAAAAAUUGACUGCUACUAAUUUCGUAAAAGGUGGCAUGGUAGGCACAGAUCCAAGUGUAACAGGGGCUUUGACAAAUUUCAAGGUUUUUGAAAAUUUAUGCUCAAGGAAUACUUCAGAAAUCGUCUCCAGUGAUACUCCUUCUAAUACUUCAAGUAUCCAAUCAGUGCGACCCUUCUUACCUGAUAUUGAGAAACAAAAACGGUUCGAGCAGUACAUAAUAUUUUCUCAAAAUGGUGAGAAGAAAAAACUUGCUUCUAUACAGCCACUUUCAAUGAGCGAAUGGGAACGUGAUCAUGAAGUGGUUGAAUUUGAUCAAGCAUUACGAUUAUUCGUACCGCCAGUUUCAACUGAUAUUAAAUUGGUCAGCUGUGAAUUGGAACAUUCCAGUACUGCUACUACAGAAUCUAAAAUUAACAGAAACAUGAAGACUAAAGAUAAGUCGAAGAUAAUGCGCACAAAAAUCGAAUGGCAGCCUGCACACAUUGUUUGCAAAAGAUUCAACAUUCCUGAACCAAGAGCCGGUUGUGCAAAACCCGAAUCGGAUAAGAAAAUUAGUAAAUUUUCAGUAUUUAAUUGUCUAGACUUUUCAGGAAAUUCAGAAAAAUUUGAAACAGCCACAAGAAUGAUUGAAAAGAAAAAGUGUCAAGUUGGAUUGGACCAAGGAAGAAUGGAGAAAAGACCUGCAGUACUCUCGGAACAGGAAACAGAAACUCAUUUGAAUAUUUCCACUGAAGCAUCUAAUGCAUCCGUUUCUCACAAACUUCGAAGAUUUGAAGCAACUUAUGAAAAAGUGUUUGGAAAAGGAGUUCAAGAUAUUUUAUUAACUUUAAAGUCUAAUAUUGAUAGGCAACAGCCGAACAUAACAGAGAAUUCAGACAGUAAUUCCGGUACGGAUGUUACAGGCCAUCAGGAUUCUUCCGCUACUCCUAAAGAUAAGACAGAGGACAAAAAAGAUCUCUUCAAAGCAAUAUUCUUGAGUAGUAGUGAAGACUCUGACACUGGCGUUGAAGACAAUAUCGACAGUGAGAAAGUGAAAUCUGUAUUAAUUGGAAAAACAUGUGAGCAAGUAAACUUACAGCGAAAUACUUCACCCGCACGCGGAAUUUUUGCACAAUUAGAUUUCAAUGAAUUAAUAAUACCAACUCGCAGAAAAGAGUCUAACGAUAAUGAAUCAAUAGAAACCACGAAACAGGAAACGAAAGUCUUAAUUAUAUCCAAAUCUACAGAUCAAAAUUUAGCAAGAAAAGAAAUAAUAAAGCUAUCAGAAGAGGCACCAGAUAUGUAUGGACCAGCACUUCCGCAAAUUCCCCCUAAUCAUGAUAAUUCGCCUGACAAACUGGAUAGCAAUAUUUCUCAGGCACGAAAACCAAUUUUCAAAAAUAUUGUGCUAAAAUCAAGUGUGGAAACAAAAGUACUAGGUAAAUGGGUGGAAAAAUCAAAGGUAAAAAAAUCGAAGAAGGAGAAGAAAAAACAUAAACAUAAAGAUAAAUCAAAGCACAAACGGAAGUCGAAAAAAUCGAAAUAUUAAAAUAAUUUUAAAUGCAUUGUAUUGUAUACUAUGAAGAUUAAUAAAUAAAGUGGCCUUUGGUUCAUAUAAUAUAAA